UGAUAAAAAUAAAUAAAACUCCAACGACAAAAUGCAUCCCGAUCUUACCGAACGGAUACUCCAACACCUCGAUACCGUUGAAAAGGUCGACACCCUAAAUUUGGUCGAUGUUUUCGGUGUUGAUCAUCAGAAAAUUGUCGGUGCCCUGAAAUCCAUACAAGCGCAUGGUGAGUUGGUAAAUGCCGAAACGACAUCACGAAAAUCUUUGGAGGUCACCGAAGAGGGUCAAAUGGUUGUGGCCCAGGGCAGCCACGAAGCUGUGCUCUACAAUGCCGUUCCCCUUGAUGGUAUCGCCCAAGCCGAACUAAUGAAAAGUGGCCCGAACGCCAAGGUUGGUUUCAGCAAAGCCAUGUCCCAGGGCUGGAUUAUGGUCGAUAAAUCGGUGAGUCCACCGUUGGUGAAACGUAAAGUGGAUCACAUUGAGGAUACGGUACAGCAAAAUCUCAUUGCUGUGGCGGCGGGAAAGACCGAUUUGCCGGCAAAUUUAAUUGCGGAAUAUAAAAAACGUAAACUGCUGCAGGAAAUCACCACCAAAAGUUUUAUUCUCAGCAAAGGCCCCGAGUUCUCCACAACUCUUACCAAAUUGGAAACUGAUUUGACCGUGGAUAUGUUGGCUUCUGGUUUGUGGAAAGAUUUGAAAUUCAAAUCGUAUAAUUUCGAUGCCUUGGGCGCUCCACCACAGCGUGGACAUUUGCAUCCACUGUUGAAGGUGCGCACGGAAUUCCGUCAAAUCUUUUUGGAAAUGGGUUUCUCGGAAAUGCCCACAAAUAAUUAUGUGGAGUCGUCGUUCUGGAAUUUCGAUGCCCUCUUCCAGCCGCAACAACAUCCAGCCCGUGAUGCCCACGACACUUUCUUCAUCAAUCAUCCGGCAAAGAGCUACAAAUUCCCUCAGGACUAUUUGCAACGUGUCAAGAGUGUACAUUCCACGGGCGGUUAUGGUUCACAGGGCUAUGGCUACGAUUGGAAAUUAGAGGAGGCGCAAAAGAAUUUGCUGCGUACCCAUACCACGGCAGUAAGUGCUCGAAUGCUCUACAAAUUGGCCAAUCAACCGGAAGGUUUUAAGCCAGCCAAAUAUUUCAGUAUCGAUAAGGUGUUCCGUAAUGAAACACUCGAUGCUACCCAUUUGGCUGAGUUCCAUCAGGUUGAGGGUGUGAUUGCUGAUGUUGGCCUGACACUGGGUGAUUUGAUCGGUACCCUUUAUGAAUUCUUCCGUAAAUUGGGCAUUACACAAUUGGAAUUUAAGCCAGCCUAUAACCCAUACACCGAACCAAGUAUGGAAAUCUUUUGUUUCCAUCCGGGUUUGGGUAAGUGGAUUGAAGUGGGAAAUUCGGGUGUUUUCCGUCCGGAGAUGUUGCUGCCCAUGGGUAUACCCGAGAAUGUGAAUGUUAUUGCCUGGGGGCUGUCACUGGAACGGCCGACAAUGAUUAAAUAUGGCAUAAAUAAUAUUAGGGAUUUGGUUGGGCCCAAAGUCGAUUUGAAAAUGGUCGAAGAGGGUCCUAUAUGCCGUUUGGAACGGGCUUAA